AUGGUCCGACCUGCCGGAUUCGCUUUGACGGAUGUUCUUCGCCGGAACCAGCAAACAGCGACCAAGAUGGAGGCGAAACUCGACGCGUUGGCGAACGAAUUCGCUGAGGUGCGAACGGCGUUAGCAGCGAUCACGACGGCGGUGAAGGAUCUACCUUCAUCGUUGGCGCUGAUGAUAGAGCGAUCGAAGGGGAAGGAGAUUCCCGAUGAAGCAGCGGAGGAAGAACGGCGAGAGCAAUACCUACCAGAACCAAGUCUAGAUUCUUCAGAGCAGGAAAGCUUGGAGAACAGAGAAGUUUCAGAGGAGGAAGCAAAACCUGAGGCGAAUUCACCGGAGAAGACCGAGAGGGAAGCGUCGCGGAAAGACUCAGCGUUUGUUACGGUGGCGGAAGCCGAACUUAAGUCUCCGACAACGGGGAAGGAAGCCACAGCAGAAGCGUUGGGGAGACAAGAGGAGGUCAUCGUCUUCAAGAAGCUUCUCGAAGGAUCGUCAAUGGAGAAGUUGCAGAUCGGCAACAUUCAAGGGAAGAAGAAGGGAGAAUCAGUCGUGGAGGCUCAGAUCAGCGAUUUAGGGUACGAUUGGGAGGGGCGGCCACCACAAAAACCGCCGGACUCAGAUCGUCACACGGUAGCGCACCGAGCGCGUACGGCGGCGGCGAAAUUAGAGACCCACGGCGCGCCGGCAUCGGGAAGGAGAGGGAAGGUUGUGGAAGGCGCACAACAUCUCACCGCAAGAGAUGGGGAACGUCAAGAGCAAAACGGGUUGGGUGUAUUUUUCCUUUUAAUGGGCCUGGCCCAACAAGGAAAAGAAAUAAAAACCAAGGAGUUCUGCUCACUGCCAACAAAAAGAAGGAAGGAAAAGAAUAUAGUGGAUUUACUAUUUAACAUAGAGCACCAAGGCCCAAUAGAAUUCCACACAACCGGAUUUACGGGGUCGGGUCACACAGGAGGAUCCGAUUGGGACUGGGUCAAAGGACCAAAGGAAAACGGGUCUAUAGCAAAACCAGAAUUACCUGAGGAAGACGGUGAAGAAGUUGCAGAGGGAAACGUUCUUGCCAGAGAGGUAAACGAACAAGAAGAAGGUCAUGAUGGAGAGCUGAGUCUGAGGAAUUUUAACAAUCCAGCAGUGGCUAUGGUUGUUGCAGAGGUGAGUUUCUUUUCUGGAACGAGCUUGUAUCGGAAUCAGAAGCCUGGAGGCAGCCUCCCCACACGUAUAUGCCAGGUGGUAGUGGCAUCCAUGAGAAAGCACAGAUUUCAAUCACCUGAGAAUGCCAAAUACAACGAAUUUGGGACAGAGGGUAGGUCUCGUGACAAACUUUUUGGUCUUGUGACUUCAAGAGAUGAAAUUCCAGAGCUAUGGAAGCUUGAUGAAGUGAUAGAUCUUAGGGCUCCUAGAGGCAGUAAUAAGCUUGUUCCUCAAAUCAAGGAAUCAACAAAAGUUCCUGUUCUUGGACAUGCUGAUGGAAUUUGUAGUGUAUAUGUUGACAGGUCUGCUAAUAAUAAUAUGGAAAAGCAGACUGUUAGGGAUGCAGAUACUGAUUACCCCGCAGCUGGCAAUGCAAUGGAAACUCUUCUGGGACACAAGGGACUGUCAUGUAUUGGUGGACUUAAUGAGCUCACCCUUGAACUCCAUCGUGAAGGUGUUCAGCUGUUUGGUAGAACAAAAGCCAGUGCCUUGCUAAAAAUUUCUGAGACGAGCACUUUUCAUCUUGAGGACAGCUCAAUUGCUUGCACGGUUGUAAUUGCAGAAGGUGUGUCUGCGGCCAUUGACCACAUCAAUAACCAUGGAAGUGCUCAUACUGAAUGCAUGGUUACAGAAGACUCUGAAUUGGCUGAGACUUUCAUUAGACAAGCUGACAGUGCUGCUGCAUUCCACACUACAAGCACACGAUUUGGUGUUGGGCGGGUUCUGGGUAAUACUUCAUCACAGGAUCUACGAAUCAUUGCAAAUCUUCAUUGUUUGGUUCCCAACAUAUGUGAAGCACAAGAGAUGAACCUUUUUGUUCUCAGGGUCCUGGAAUACUUGCAAAUGGAUCUAUCUAAUUUGCUGCCUGGGUUUUCGUUUGCUUCUGAUGUUCCUAAAGCUGCCUCUGUCAGCAAGAAUCUACGCCCUUUACUAAGUUAUGCAGAAUCUUUGAUUACGAACUUUCUAAAUGAGGAGGAUGUACAUCUUCUAAGGGUGUUGCUUGGCGAAUCACAAUCAUUAUUCACUUCUCCUGGCAUUGGGAGAAAUGAGGUUCAGGAUAACGAAUUGGAAGAGUUAUCUUGGGAUAAGUUUUCUCAACUCGUCAACAAACAUUAUCAGGAGGCUCAUAGUGUAGUGCGAUGCUCAUCACUUAUACAAGAAGAACCUUCUGUACUUGGUAAGAAAGGGGGCAAGUUGAAGGAGAGAAUGUCUGAGACUUCUUUAUGUCCAAGCACAGGCCAGUUCGAUGAAGCUACUUGGGAAGACAACAUCACUAUCAAGAGUCAAUUCCCAUCUUUCAACCUUGAGGACAAGGUUGAUCUUUCAGCAGGUGGUAUUGUUAGGCCCUGGGAUUUCCAAGCAGGCCCAAAUGUCACUAAGGAGCCUUUGAUUCAUUAUUCAACCAAGGAAUAUGGAUAGUGCAUUCUAGAAGGGGCAAAGUGGGGAUUACUAGUAACUCCCUAACAGAAUAGAGAGAGAGAGGAUUAUGAUUGUAAUGACCAUCUAACAAUAUAAAGGGAGGAAGGAAAGGUUGAGAGGGUAUCUUGAUUCUAAGCUAAGUAGAGAUAUGAGUAGGAAGCUUUGAGCUUCCUAUAGGAGCCUAGCUCUGUGUCAGAAUCGGAUUCCAUUCCCUUUCUGUUGUAAUCCCUUUUUAUCAUCAAAUAAGCAAUCUAUCAAUUCAGUUCUUA